AUGACCACCGCCGCGUCGCCCACGCCGUCGUCGCGCUUCGAACUGAUCACGUCGACCCUGCUCGACGCCGGUCGCGUCGACGACGCGCCGCUCGACGUCGCGCUCGACGUCGACGCCAGUUCGUCCGCCAAUCUUCCCGCGCGUCCGCUCUCGCGCGCCGACUACUUCAGGCGCCUGCGCGCGUUCAGAGACUGCGUGCGAUGGAACUUCGACAAGCCGAGCGCGCUGCAAGGGCCCGCGUGCGCGGCGCGAGGGUGGACGCUCGAGGCGAGAGAUUUGCUGCGGUGCGAGACGUGCGAAGCGCUGUUGGCGUACCCGGGAAACGUGGAUAAAUUAGACGAAGACGCGCGAAAAGACGUCAACGAACGCGUGAUGAAAGACUUAGUCGACACGCACGAGCGCGGGUGCGCGUGGCGGGAGACGGGAUGCUCGACGAGCGCGCGCGGAUUUCCGGCGGCGAGCGCCGACGAGACGCGCGCGGAUUUCGCGAGUCGAGUAGACGCGAUCGCGCGUCGAGGAGGGAAAUUACCCAUGGUCGUGGGAGCUUUAGAGGACGAAGGACGAUCGCGACCGACGAGCGAGGCGAUCGGGGACGGGGAGAAGGAGAGGAUUCGCGCGUUGGUGCGAGACGCGCGGACGCACGCGGAGGAGGCGGAGACGAGCGCGAGCGACGACGCGGAUGACUUGACCCCGCUCGAGCGAAGGUCGGCGAUCGAUUAUGCGACGGAGAUGGGGUUGUUCGGUUGGUCGCCGACGGUCGUGGAUGGGGAUUUGGAGACGGACGCGAAGGGACGCGCGGCGUAUUGUUGCGCGCUUUGCGGCGUGCGCGCGCCGGAAUGGACAUUCACACCUCUGAUUGCGAGUCGUAAGCAGCUCGCGAUGGCGCAGAGUUCGUCGAGCAAGAAACCAAAGACGACGCUGGCGGCGCUUCGAGGUGCCGCCGGUGGGACGUACGGUUUGGGGACGUUGCGGAGCGCCGUCGCCGCCGCCGCCGCCGCGCCGUUCGCCCCGAAACUUCACGAGGAGAAACCGGCGCACUCGCCGAGCGUCAAGUCGAAAUGGGUCGCCGCCGUCGCCGGCGCGAGCGUUUUGUCCAAGCUCACGGCGAGCAUCGCGGGCGGUGGUGCGAGUGAUGCGAAGGUGGAUUCCACGCCUUUUGGUUCGACGACGUCGUCGACGCCGUUAUUCGGUAGCCCGCGUCCGGUGACCACGAUGACCGACGCUACGCCGUCGGCAACGCUCGAUUCCGAACAAGGUUCAAAGUUUGCGUCAAUCGUCGUCGCCGCGGCGACGAAAAAACUCGCCGCGGCGAAGAAGCGCAAACGCGUCGCCGUCGACGAAAACGCCAAGCUCAACAUCCCCGCGCUCGCCGUGCGUUUCAACGUCAUCGACGAGCACUUGCCCUACUGCCCCUGGAUCAGCACUCGACUCGACCAUCGCGACGUCGACCCAGGCUGGCGCGCCACGCUCGACGUGCUCGUUCCGAGCGCGGCGGCCGACGCGCCCGACGCCGCCGCGCGCCGACGCGCCGACAAUUUCAAAGUCGUCGAUUACGCCCGCGCGCGCGACAUGGUUCGCAAGUACUUACCGUCGUCUUAG